AUGGCCGCUGCUGGUCGUCCUUCCUCCGCCCGGCGAUUCCUCAGACCUCUCCUCUACUCCGCUGGUGCUCUGGCUGGCGUGACCGGAACCCUCAUAUAUGUCUCCUACCGUCCGAUCAAUGUUCCUGGUUCGCAAGGGGCCAUCGUCCCAAUCCCCCGCACCCAUGAUGGAACCAUCAUUCCACCCAAGUUUCCUCUGAUAAAAUGUCGAGCGGAGCAGAUCUCAGAGCUGAGGAAGAGCGCUGGCCUGGUUGGUGCCGCAGCUUCAGAUACCUCAAUCACACAGCAAUUGCGGAACAGCCUGGACCGUUUAAAAGGUGCAGUCAGUGACAAUCCAGACCGAGAUCUACCUGCGGACCAGAGAGCCGGAGAGCCCUAUGACCUCUUGGUCAUUGGCGGAGGAGCCACAGGUUCAGGCAUUGCCCUCGAUGCUGCUACUCGAGGACUGAAGGUCGCGCUCGUUGAACGCGAUGAUUUCGCCGCUGGAACCAGCAGUAAAAGUACCAAGCUCGUCCACGGCGGUGUGCGAUACUUGGAAAAGGCAGUCUGGGAACUGGACUAUAACCAAUAUGCUUUGGUCAAGGAGGCCCUGCGCGAGAGGAAGUAUUUCCUCGACACUGCGCCCCAUCUGUCCAUGUGGUUGCCGAUAAUGAUUCCUUUACAGAAAUGGUGGCAGGCGCCUUAUUUCUGGGCCGGGACAAAGUUCUACGAUUUCUUGGCUGGUAGCGAGGGUAUCGAGACCAGUUACUUUCUGACUAAAAGCAAGGCCCUAGACGCAUUUCCCAUGCUCAAAAAAGACAAUCUGGUUGGUGCUCUAGUGUACUACGACGGAGCGCACAAUGACAGCAGAAUGAACAUCUCAAUCGCUGCAACGGCCGCUCUAUACGGUGCAACUGUCGUAAAUCACAUGGAAGUCACGGGCUUAACCAAAGACGCAUCUGGCAGACUUAAUGGAGCGGUGGUGAAGGACGUAAUUGCAGAAAAGAACGGGAAAUCAUCUCCACCCAUCACCAUCAAAGCACGGGGAGUCAUCAAUGCCACUGGGCCAUUCUGUGAUUCUAUUCGCAAGAUGGACGAUCAAACCGUCCAGGAAAUAGUUGCACCUAGCUCGGGUGUACAUGUCGUCCUUCCCGGCUACUACAGUCCUCAAAAGAACUCUAUGGGUCUUAUCGACCCGGCAACCUCGGAUGGUCGCGUUAUCUUCUUCCUCCCUUGGCAAGGAAACACUAUUGCGGGAACUACAGAUGCUCCCUGUGAUAUCACCCAGCAACCGAUUGCGGGAGAAGACGAAAUAGGCUGGAUCUUGAACGAGAUCAAAGGCUAUCUAUCACCCGAUAUCAAUGUCCGACGCGGAGAUGUGUUGGCCGCCUGGUCGGGCAUUAGGCCUCUUGUUAAGGAUCCUAAAGCCAAAAACACACAGUCUCUCGUCCGAAACCACCUUGUCACCGUAUCAGAGUCAGGACUUCUGACAUGUGCAGGUGGUAAGUGGACGACGUACCGUCAAAUGUCUGAAGACGCGGUCGACGAGGCCAUUAAACAAUUCAGUUUGCAAACAAAGCCCCUCACCUCGCCCACAAGAGUAAGUGGGACCGAGGCGAUCGACGAUGCCGCACCACUCGACGGAUCUUGCCAAACACAUCAGGUUCGCCUAGUAGGUGCACAUGGUUUCUCCAAAACUCUCUUUAUAAACUUGGUUCAGCAUUUUGGCAUAGAAACUGAAGUGGCAAAACACUUGGCUGAUGCAUAUGGGGAUCGGGCUUGGACUGUGGCUGCGUUAUCAAGCCCCACCAAUGAAAGAUUUCCAGUCCGAGGAAUACGAAUAUCUGCCCUGUACCCAUUCGUGGAUGGUGAAGUCCGAUACGCCGUCCGUCAUGAAUUCGCCCAGCGUGCAGUGGAUGUUAUUGCACGACGGACGAGACUAGCUUUCCUCAACGCUCAAGCUGCUUUAGAAGCAUUGCCUAUGGUGAUCGAUCUGAUGGCUGAGGAGCUGAAGUGGGACAACAAGAGGAGAGAAGUUGAAUGGAAAGAGAGUGUCACCUUCUUGGCAUCUAUGGGUCUGCCCAAGAGCAAACUCGGAGUUUCGAGGAAAGACGUAGAGAGCGGAAAGGCUGGCUUCACGGACGAAUAUGAGAGGAAGCUAUACUCCAGAUACGGUAAUUUCCGUCCCCGAUCUACAUUCAUCCCCACCCUUUUGGCUAACUACAAUAACACAGAUGGUCCUGCGGACACACUCGAGAGCGAUUCAAAGCUGACGCCUGGCCAAAACCCAGUAUUGGGCCAGAACUCCCCAGCAAAUCGCUGA